AUGGGAGACGUUGGGCCACUGAGGCCGUGGAUUCUGGAUCUGCCGGAUGAUUCGCCAUAUUCUCUCCUGUCACCACAUUGUAUCCUGGACUAUCCGGAUACGUUAAACGGAGCGCUGCAGGGUGCAGCUGCAAAAACUCACCCAUCCCGGGCCAUCACAGCCCCACACGAAUCCGGAGAUGCGGGCGAUACCUCGGAGGGCAGCCCUCGCGAGCUUGAACGUCAUUGCCUGAAAACGACAGAUAACAAUUUGCUGCGCCCAUGGAACAUC